CCCCUCCACCUGGUAGUGAUGCUGAAUGCUGACCGUAUAUCAGGCCCAAGAAGGACAAGUAUCCUUUUGGCUACCCUGGCGAUGAGUUUGGACCGAAUGCUGUGCCGCACCACGAAUGCUACAAGUGCAAGACGAUAUACCCUGGAGGCGCCGCUGACGGGACUCCCUGCAAGAAGUGUGGGCACGAGAAGUGCGGCAACUGUCCUCGUUUGAAACCACGCAAAGUCGAGCCGGAACCCGACCCAGAGAUCCUCAAAAGCAUACAGGCCAAGAUCGAGAGUUUGAAACUCAAGUAACUAACUCCAUGGCUGACACGGAGAUCCCUACACCGUUUGACAUUUUGAAUUCGACUGGAGGCGUACGGGCAUGGCGGGGUGGAUGAUGUCUGAGUUGAUUUAUGGCGACAAGCGAGUAUGCGACAUUUCAUAUUCAUCCUCGAACCCCCCCGGGGCGCACGUUUUCACCCGAUUUCUUGUCGAACAAGCAUCCAUCAUUCCUUUUUCUUUACUGCGACACUACGAAACCACACGACUACCCAUCAUCUGCAUCACAUCACACGUCUUCUAUUCGCUACGGCCACCAUUCCUCUGCUUCGCCAACGACCAGAGGAAUGACGAAGAACAUGAAGCUUUUACGCACUAUGCUAUCACGACCUAUCAUCACCUUGACCUCACCAAAAGAAUCAUUUCCUGUCGAAUACUGCCCCCCCGCCUACUGUACUGCAUAAUGCCCACCUGCAAUGAGAGAAAAAUACACAAGAAGGGGAGAGAGGAGUCGUCCCUGGACGCACCUGAAGUGGGAGGAGGGGUAUACCAGGCCAAAAUCUGCGGAAGAUGGGACGAGUUGGAGUUUGGCGGCCGGAGAAGAAAGAAAGCGAGGAGUUGGGCGAUAUUGUGUCAAAGACGGCGUUGUUUGCAUUGCAGUCAAGAGUAGUGUUGGUUAGGCAGACCCAGAACCGACAGCGUGGGUCCAAUCAGGGUAGCAGGUGACAGCUGUGCGGAAGGCAGAUUUUCUUCCCUUUCAUCUCAUCAUUCCCAUUACCUUCUUCCCAUCUCUCCGGAAUAUCAUCUAUACUACUCGCAAGUCUUGUACCCCAAGUAUAGGCUUUUGAAACUCAGAACUGCUUUGGACAGCCCCCUUUCCAUGGAACUGCUGCGGUGCCUCCCUGGAAUGUCCGUGAUGUAUCAUCGGCCGGAGAGCCGGGAAG